GCUCCGUCUGCGGGAAAUGUUUCUCACGCUCAGACGACAUGAAGAGACACCUCACCAUCCACACAGGAGAGAGGGUGAGCCACGUCUGUCAUCAGUGUGGGAAGACUUUCACCAGUCUGGGAGGGCUGAAGAAACACCAGAUGACCCACACAGGAGAGAAGCCGUUCCAGUGUUCCGAGUGUGGGAAAGGUUUCACUGCGCAGGGUAACCUCAAGAUCCACCAGCGCAUCCACACAGGGGAGAAACCGUACCAGUGUUCCCAGUGUCAGAAAAGCUUCUCCCGGCUGGCCCACUAUAAAGACCACCAGCAGACUCACCGGGAGGAGAAACCGUACCACUGCAAUGACUGUGGGAAAAGCUUCUCCUACUUCAAGUCGCUCAAGUGCCACCAGAUGAUCCACAAAGGGGAGAACCUCCACCACUGCUCCGUAUGUGGUAAAGGGUUUGCCAUCCGUGGCAACCUGAAGACCCAUCUGCAGACACACACCAAGGAGAAACCACACCAAUGCUCAGAGUGCGGGAAACGGUUCUCCCGAGCCCACGACCUGAAGAAACACAAGCUGCUCCACACGGGGCAGAAGACCUACCACAUUUGCCAGUGUGGCAAGAGCUUCACGGAGCUAGGGAACCUGCGGACCCACCAGAGAACCCACACCGGAGAGAAACCAUUCUGCUGUUCCUUCUGCGGCCGAACCUUCUUGCGUGCUGGAGACCUGAAGAGCCACCAGCGGACACACACCGGAGAGAAACCAUUCAUCUGCGCCAUAUGCGGGACCAGUUUUGCCCAAUCUGGCAACCUGAAAGUGCAUCAGAUCACACACACUAAAGAGAGGCCGUACCCUUGUACUGUCUGUGAUAAGGGGUUCACCACACCGGGGAGUCUGAAGCUACACAUGAGGACACACACCGGGGAGCGGCCUUUCCUGUGUAGCGCAUGUGGGAAAGGGUUCACGGCGUCAGGGCAGCUGAAGAGGCACCAAGAGUGUCACAUGAGAGACACUGUCCAAUCAUCUCCUAGUGAAGACACUGGGGUGGCGGUGGCUUCAAAAUAAAAGUCCUCUCUAAGCGGACUACGAAAUAACAGUACUGGAAACGUGCCAUUGUGUGUCUGAACUGUGAUCACGAUGGGAGGUUUUACUGCUUCAUGAUGUCCCUAAUGGGACACCAUUCCUUGUGGGCUCUGGUCAAAUGAGACACCAUUCACUAUGGGCUCUGGUCAAAUGAGACACCAUUCACUGUGGGCUCUGGUCAAAUGAGACACCAUUCACUGUGGGCUCUGGUCAAAUGAGACACCAUUCACUGUGGGCUCUGGUCAAAUGGGACACCAUUCACUGUGGGCUCUGAUCAAAUGGGACACCAUUCACUGUGGGCUCUGGUCAAAAGGACUGCACUCUAAAGGGAGUUGGGACACUAUUCACUCUGGUCAAAAGGACUGCACUAUAAAGGGAGUAGGGACACUAUUCACUCUGGUCAAAAGGACUGCACUAUAAAGGGAGUAGGGACACUAUUCACUCUGGUCAAAAGGACUGUACUAUAAAGGGAGUAGGGACACUAUUCACUCUGGUCAAAAGGACUGCACUAUAAAGGGAGUUGGGACACUAUUCACUCUGGUCAAAAGGACUGCACUAUAAAGGGAGUAGGGACACUAUUCACUCUGGUCAAAAGGACUGUACUAUAAAGGGAGUAGGGACACUAUUCACUCUGGUCAAAAGGACUGCACUAUAAAGGGAGUAGGGACACUAUUCACUCUGGUCAAAAGGACUGCACUAUAAAGGGAGUUGGGACACCAUUCAGGACACUAUUCCUCCCUUUUGCAGAACAUCAGUGGUUUACUCUGAGCUCAAAUAUGAGCUUUUUAAAGUGUCAGAAUGUGAUGUUUGACAAGAAAUUGUUAUUGGAGUCCUGAAUGACACCCAAUUUAGUGCACUACGUUUGACCAGGGCCCAUAGGGUUCUGGCUAAAAGUAGUGCACUAUAUAAUUAGGGAAUAGGGUGCCAUUUGGGACCCUGGUCUUAAUGGUAAAAUGUCAUCCAUCCAUUUAGAAUGUACACGAUCUGAUAUUGAUCAUAUAACAUGAUUCCCAAAUGGCACCCUAUUCCCUAUAUAGUGCACUAAUGUUGCUCAGAGCCUAAAGUAGUGCACUAUAUAGGGAAUAGGGUGCCAGUAGGGACACAAAACAGUGUAUAGUAUACUACAGUGCUAAUGAACAUUCUCUGGUAAACACAGUUUACUGAUUUUUUUUGUCUCUUUUAUUAUCUGAGUAUUGAUCUGAUUUUAAUAAAUAAACUAUUCUACUAUGUUU